UCUGUUUCGCUAAAGCCAAAAAAGAUAAGGGAAUUUCCUGUCCGCAGACUAUGUCUCGUAUUGGCCAGGACCUUUAUAUUGGUUGUAUAAUCUCCGCUUGAUUUCCCAUUCUGCCAGCAAGGCUUUGUAAUUUAUUAGGCCUAGAUCUAGUUAGUAUCCAUUUUUUUUUCUAGCACAUUUUUUUGUCAUUGUUAGUAAACACAACAUUAUUAUGUGGGGCUCUAUUGCAGCUUCUUUCUAGAGUUUUUAUCAUUUUGUUUAUCGUGACACUAUUGACAGGUAGUUUGACGGUCAAAUAUGACACUGUAUUUGAUUUUCCUGACACUGUCUACACUACUUAAGGAAAUCGACACUUCAACUCUUCGCCACUGUCCAGUAGCGAAUGUUGGGGAAUCUUACGAGCUACAUUGCAGCGGGAGGACCAGCAAUGAAGGAAGGUUUAUCGUUUGGAAUCAAGAAAAUAUCGAGAAUCGAACCAAAGAAGAGUUUGGUCGUUGUUACCUCAAUUCCACCUGCUCUACUCAGAAUACAUGUCGCUACCAUGUUAACUUGACGUUACAGUACAGCUUGAAAUUAUUUUACACCUUUGACAGCGUUUUGACAAUUUCAAACGUCACAGAGGAUGAUAGAGAUACAGUCAUGUCCUGUGGUGUCGUCUACGAAACUUGGCCUCUGUCUGAACCAGAGAUCCUAAUGGCCUGCAGACUUCCAGUCUUUGACCUCACUCCGCUUCCAUCUUGCCGCGCCAAGCUAUUUAUGCCAGACGUAUCCAUCGUCUGCGAUUUCCAAAGAGUGUAUCCUAAGGUCACAUGUCUAUUGGGAUAUGAAUCCAACGUGUUUCAACCGGAAGUGCCUGUAGAUUACGUGAAAGCACCAACUCCUGCCUGUCCUGGCUAUUAUGAUAUAAGUUGCAGGGGUUUCUUGACGUUCAAAGACAGAUACCAAACAACUUAUUAUGUGAGAAUGUUAUAUACUUAUGAGCUAGACAUUAAAGAAGGAGGGAAUAUCACUCAAAGCCGUGUCCAAGAGGUCACUCUCAAGUGGUCUCCCCAAAUUGUCAUCAACAGUCCACAUUGCAUAAGCAUUUGUCCACCUAAUACGAGUAAGAAUGUGACUGUUUACUGCUCGGCCACUUCGUCAUCCCAGAACGUGAAGCUCAACUUGUUUGUUGACAAUGUUAAAGUUAUACCGCAGAAGCCGCCGACACACUUAGAUGGUGUACUCUAUAUCACAAUGCAGGAAUACACAUUAGAAGUUGACACACGUAUUCAAAAUAAAUCUCUUAGAUGUCAACGUGAAGGUUUCUCAAAUGACACUGCCAACAUAGAUGUAUUUGUUCCACCAACUUUCAAUCCUUUGUUUGGUUUGGGUGAAGGAAUUGGUAUCAAUCAUAUAAAUGUCAUUCCAGGAGAUGCUAAGCUUUCUAUCACGUGUCAAGUUAACGGCGGGGUUCCUUUGGUCAAUAACAUCAGUGUCGUCUGCUUUUUAUUUAAUGAAACCAGAUUCCUUACAGCACACAAUUUUUCUAAUUUUCUUUAUUUCACAAUUCAUGAGAAUUUAUCUCCGCUUGGAUCCUACUGUAUUUGUUCAGCUCAAGAUGUUUCUGGCUGCUAUACCAGAAAUGCUUUGCUUAGAAUAUCUGUCGAUUCUUUCAAUGAGAAUGUUGUUCAGUUAGGCGACAAGUCUAACACCACGUAUUUUAUCUACAUAGCAGCAGCAUUGGUUUCAAUCAGCCUCGUUUCCGUCGUCAUUGCAAUGUCUGCAUUUUUCUGGCGCCAUCGAAACGAUAUCGAUAAUCAUUACUCUUAUAUUGUAGAAAAAUCUGGUAACACUUUGGGAUUUUCAAAAAAUGUUUUGGCAAGUGCAACAACAGAUCAAUACAAGAAUCGUUAUGCCCCUUCAGUUCCACCUAGAUUGAUAUUGAAAGCCAGCAGUGGAGCAAAGAUUCACACUGCAGAUUUGAAAUACACUUCGGAAGAAAAUUCCUCGGGAAUACAAACAGAAAAAGAUGAAAGUCACCUAAAUGAUAGCGAGACUAUCACAAGCGAUCACGAAGGUUUAUCAAGAUCAGAGGAGAAAAACGUAAAUACGGCUGAGGAGAAACUCCCACGUUUGGAUGUGGUUCAAACCCUUCUAAAUGAAAAGCUUCCACCAUUCAAAUAUGUUUCUUAUUACGAGAAGCACCUCAGUUCAUCGCCUAAAGCACUACAUAAACUGACAUCCGGAUGUGGAGAAAAAUUAAGCUCUAAAGACUCAGAGACAAGUUUGUCUGAUGAAUGUAUGACUGUCUCACAGCUGCAAAGAAUGAGAGAAACACAAAGAUUACUCAAGGCUGAGCAGAAAGAGAGUGUCAAAAAACGUGAAAAAUAUUACUUGAGUUCGUCAGAUCAAAGCUUAGCACAAUCUUUAAGCUACACAAAACUACAACGUAUAAAAGACUACAUUAAUGAACAGGACCCGCAUACGUCGCAGAAACAAAAGAGCAAAAGAGCUCCAUCAAUUGGGACUUUGCGUUUUAAUUCAUCCUCUUGUUUCCUACCUGUGGAGCCUACGUUAAGGUUUUCUUCUUGGGAGGUGAAAAUAUCCGAUCAAACUUUCGAUAAGGGAAGUUACUCUGAGAAUGUACUCUCCAAAAGUAAACCUGAACAUAAAGAACGAAAGACAGAUCUAUUCGAUGUUGAAAAAGAGGAGCAAAAUACAAGAAGUCUAGCAGACACAUGUAAGCCUCACUUAAAAGAGAUUACUUGUCAAGCUUCAGAAAAUGGAAAGACUGGCGUUGAAGAUAUAUUUGGUUUUACAUAUAGUGACACUGUUAAAACAAUGUUUAGUGAAGACAAUAACCCUGUCAGAGCUGAAGGCGAUUUUAUCGUCACUACCCUAAUGAAGAGCAAGAUGCCAGGAGAGAGUUAUUACCGUGUUUUAAAAGAAACGCAAUCAGACGAGCUGCGUUUGGAAAAUAGGGACAGUUUAGGCCUAUACAAGGGUCUUUCAGAUAAAGAGUUAGGUGGCGAGAUUAAGGACAACUAUGUCAUCGCAUUAAUGAAAACCAUUAAUCCUUCUGAAGACAGCUUGUAGACAAAUACGAUUUUCAUGAGAGUUUAAAAAAUUGUUUGAAAAAAAAAAUAUUGAACCUUAAAUACAUCUA